AUGUUGUUCUUGUCGCGAUCCGAGUCAAUAGGUUUUGACGAUACCAUCCGGUCCCUCAGACACAAGCUCUGCAAGGAUCCAAGAGACAAAGUAUACGGCCUUUUAGCACUGCUUGGAAGAAGCACGCCAUCCCUCAAGAUACGACCGGACUACUCCAUACCCGUGGGCGAUCUUUACAGGCAGAUCACGCAAGUCGCUAUAUCGCAAUCCGAAGGAGAUCUGUGCUAUUUGACGGGUAGCGGCCUCGGGUCGGAUUGCUACCAGCUCGCGUCAUGGGUACGGAAUUUUGCAGCACCUCUACACCCUGUCAAAGCAAGUAACGAACGCAAUCGCUACGGCAAGUAUAGCUUGUACUGCGCCGCUGGGGACACGAAAAGCGAGGUAAAGAUCAUUGAUGAGGACACUCUCUGCCUAUCAGGGACAUUCAUCGGCAGCAUCGAUCGCAUAGGCUCUGUGAUUGAGUACCAGGACUGGACUCAUCCCCAGGGUGUUUUACCAGGUGUGCAAGCUUGGGCUGAGAUGGCAGGUUUCUCAAUCUUUGAUGGUGACUGCACGCCCGGGGCAGUGCAGGAGCGAUUCUGGCGCACCAUCACGGCGGACGCCUUUGUGGAUCACGACGAUAAGUACGCAAGAAUACCGAAAUCGUCACGAGUUGCUCUGUCAUCGUGGUUCACAACAGUCAAGAACUCCGUCGACCAAGGACAAGAGCCACUUAUCACUCCUUAUAUCUUCGCGUUUUGGUCUGCCAUGUCUGGGCGGACUUUCUUCAGCACGAAGAGCAAUGAUAUGGGGUUGUGUUUUCCGCAUGCACGACCUGGAGACGAAGUAUGGGUUCUUGCCGGAGGGAAGGUGCCAUUCGUGCUUCGUCCGCUCGUUGAUGCUGUUGAUACAGCUGAGGCACCGGUGAGAAUCUGCAAGUUGAUUGGAGAAUGUUAUUUAGAUGGCUUCAUGGACGGAGAGGUUUUGCGAAGGGAAGGGGACGUACCAGUGUCAAUUCACCUGAGAUAG